GCAUAUACGGUUGUAUCGUAGGCGGUCGUUAUUGAGGGCAUGAUGGCAGAUCAAGUUGUUUGGAGUUUUCCUGACCGUCGGAGGACUUUACGUUCGGACACCGCGAGUUUUCAACAAGUCAGAGGCCUUACCCGCUAGGGCGGGAGGGUAGAGUGGCGGUGGGGUUUGUUCUGCAUCUGCAAGAAUAAACUGAUUGUCCACUGUUGAAGUCUGCAACCGUGUUGAUCAAGCCGCUUUUCCCCGGAGGAAUUAUUCGACAUCAAAGGAGAUAUGGAAGUAACAGAGCGGGAAAUUGACAGAGAGGACAGUUCUUCCCUGCUAUUAUUAGACUUACCGCGGUGAUAACACAGUUUACUGGCAGAGAGAGUCUGUGGGAGAGAUAGAAGAGCUCAGGAAAAAUAACCUCUCCAUCCAAGCAGUCCAGCAUGGAGCACUUCACCGUACCACCGGGACUUGGCGGUUUAACCAAGAAAACUUCUGGACGGAAUAUGACAGGGAUAUAUCUUGGAAUGGAUGGUAAAUCUUCCCCUCCCCAGGAAGGAGGAGGCCAGCCCCGCCAUUCCAUCCCACCCCUGGCCAGAGGCAGGGGAAUCAGGGUUAAAACCCCCGUGGAACACCAGAGAUAUAAAAAGGUUGAGAUGUUCCGAGCUCGAGAGGAGAGUCGUGGAUUUCCAGCCAAACAACCCAUCAAGAGAGCCAAAUACAGCCGCCGGCCCCGACAGACAGAUGAGACAUCGUACUCUGGAUCCGGCCGACCUGUCUCACCCAGUGAAUUUAAGAACAUCACAAAAAAAACGUGGCGAAAUUACACGCAGAUUCUCAACAAUGGCAUGCAGCGGUUAGAAUACCUGAACCUGGAUGUCAACAACCCCAACAAGAUCCACGCCGAGCCACGGGUUGUGAGAAGAGAGCCGCCAACACAGCCCAGUACUCCUGCUGAAGAACAUGUGUCCGAGGAUCACCUGUAUGACGAGAUACGGAGAGUAGUCACACUGUCUGACUAUCAGAGUAACCCACAAGCCUUGCAUGGUCUGCUGCCCCAUCGGCGGGCUCACACCCACCACGGCACCAGGAGACCCAGGUUCCUCACCACCCCACUCACCAUCAAGAGUUUGAGAAAUCCAGAGAGACCGACUGAAAUUGUGCAGUUUGCAGAGGUGGACAGACCCAGGUCGACCCCUAACCCCCGACCUCUGCUCCCUACACCUUACUUCUACAGUGUCACCACCAAGCCUAAGGCACGGUCCUCGCUGGGGCCCAGGAAACUCGGACAGCCAGAGGAGAAAAGAUCCAUGAUCCCUGUGUUCUUGGGACCAGAGACUUUCAGACAGUACUCAGCAUCCUCCUCGCCUCCUCAUGACAAUCCGGGGACCCUCCAGGGUACCAACAAGUGGAUCCCAGGUCUGCCUGGCUCUGGGCUGCCUGGACCUGCACCGGGAAGUGCCAACGGUACAGGCACCAGCUUCCUGCACAGGCACAUGGGCAGGAGGGGCUCAGGGGGCAUCCUGGACGGCAGGAAGACAAACACUCCAGUGAGUCAACUUCUAGAGGGACCAGAACCACAGCUGGACCCAGCAGCUAUAAACGAGAGUGGCGCUGCCAUGACAGAAGAUGUGGUCGUCUCCCUCCCCUCGGUCAUUCCCGAGGGGACCAGUGAACCCUCAGAAGCAGCCGCACAGGGAAAUGGAAAAGAAGAGUCUAAGGACACCGCGCCUUGUGAAACAGACACUGGGAAACAAACCACCGACCAGGUGGGGGAGAACACAAACUCAGGAGAAAGUGUGCCAAAUGGUGACGCGAAACCUGAACGGGAGAUCCCCAUCCAUGACAACUGGGAAUGUGCAGCCGACAAUCAGGGCCAGGGGGACUGUGGAAUGAAUGAAGAAGAGAAUGAAAAAGAGGAUGACAGCACUCCUGGCCUUAACGUUGUCAUAGACAUUCACGUGGAGAAGGCACCGGAAGAAGCAAGACAAUCUGCCGACGACACCCCACCCCACAUGGAUCCUGGUUUUUCUGCAACCCAAAUGGCGGAGGCGGCUCGUAGACGUGCAGAACUGGCUCAGCUAUUGGCUGAACACGCUCAGCUGGUACAUACCAUCAACCUGGCAGAGGGGAGUGUGGCUAACAGAUGAGGCUUCUGUGUGAACAUUUUAUACUGGAGAGGAGCUGAGGAUGAAAUACUGUUACAGUAGCUGGUCUUGUUUUCUCCUUAAAGUUGCAUUAUGUAACAUUAUGACGAUACAAAAAAAAUGACAAUCACAAUUCUCUCUUAAUACAAUUUGAGUUGAAACAGCCCUAUUGCAUUGCAAGUAAGUGUCAUUCAGGUAGUGGAGGUGCCAAAAUAUUACACCAUACAAGUGUGUUCAAAAGCUGAAAACACAGCUGCAGGCCUCAAAAUUAACUUUUCUUACUAUUGUCCCAGCACUGUCCCAAAAAUACAUUUCAAUUGUCCCAACCUAUUUUUUGGGUAUGACUUCAACUUGAAGGCAAUUUUAUUUUGCUUAUGUUCACUCCCAGGCGUACUAUAAUAAUUGCAGUGUAGGCACAGGAAAUUCAGGGGGACUUUUCCGGAUCCAAAAACUAGGAUGUGUGCCUGAUAAACAAAAGGAGGGCUGAAAUUCUGAUGUUGCUUAUUUUUCUAUUGUCCAAAAAAUGUCCCAUAGUGUCUUUUUAGUUGUCUUAGCCUAAAUUCUAGUGGUCAGUGGCCACUGGACCACCUUUAAUUUCAAGCCCUGCAGCUGUCACAGCUGAUGUCUGUUUACAUUCUGGUAGUUUGUGGUGGUGCCUCAUGUGGGCUGUUUUAUUCCCAACCAUAAAUGUCAGAAAUGUGAAAUAAUACCACAAAUGUUUGGAAAAGUGGAAGCAAAUGACAAUCACAUUAAGAUUUUUUUUCAGUUGAAUCAAUUUUUGGUGCAGAAUGUUACAUAAUGCAUCUUUCAUGUAGUUGGUCUUGUUUUCUGUUUAAAUAGCCAUAGCACCUCAGCAUGCCCUUUUCUGGAAUUCAUAAUCAUAAUCAGUGAAUUUUGCAGCCUUUUUAUUCAUUGUUGCCAUAAAAAAAUAUGCGAAUAUCAUUCAUUAUUCAACAGGCAGAUGUGUUUGCAGAACAGUUCACCUAAGGCCACACCAAUUUAAUUUGUUGGUUCACAGAUUUGUCCACUUCAUUUUUGUUCUGAUUUGCCAAAAAAAGCAACA